CGCAACUGUCAUCACACUAGAUUCCUACCUCUACAAUCAUUCACACAAUGGACUAGACACGUCACGUCUACCGUGCAUCCGCGACCUUUGCGGACAAGACUCACGACCUCGGCGUGACACCAGCCACUUUGCACGAUAGAACAAGAUCGAAAGGAACAGCUACGUUCUCAGCAGGCACUCUGAAACUCUCGACACCAUGCCUCCUCCCGCGGGUACCCUCUCUUCAACCCGGUAUACCAUCAUAGUCGACGCAGGCUCGUCAGGCUCGAGGUUGAUCAUCUAUUCGUACCAAGACCCCGAGGCAGAGAGGGAAGAGAUCGUCAGGUCCAUACGUCAAAAGUACAAGAACAAGAGCAAGGGAGAGAGGAAGAGCAAUGCGGAAGUGGAGAAGGAGAUCAAGUGGGAGGUGGAAAAGAGCUUGAGGAGGUUGGUCAAGGUGGAAAAGGGCGCGAGUGGAGACGAUUGGAUGAAAAAGGCCGAGCCCGGUAUCUCGUCAAUGUCCCCAGCAAACAUCCCUCAAUACCUCUCGCCCCUCCUCUCACACGCCCUAGCUCACAUCCCGCCCUCACAACACUCAAACACCCCUAUCUACAUCCUAGCAACAGCGGGCAUGCGUCUCCUCCCCGCCGAGACUCGGGAAGGGAUCCUCUCCGCCACAUGCGAGACUCUGCGGAAAGACUACCCGUUCGUCGUAGGCGCGUCGAGUUCGUUGGGACCGUGUGGGGAUAGCGUGCGGGUGGCCUCGGGGGAAGAAGAAGGGAUGUGGGGUUGGGUGGCCGUCAAUUACCUCAUGGACGGGUUCGGGCACUCCUCGGGCCAGGUCGUCGAUGAGGAACACGCGAUCUUGCCGUUACCCGAGCUCUCGAGAGAAACCCAGGGGAGCUUGGAAAAGGGAGUCUCUCCGACGUUGGUCGAUGUCAACCAUCAUCACCCCACCUUCGGGUUCCUCGAUAUGGGAGGCGCUUCCACGCAGAUCGCCUUUUCUCCCUCUGUAGGGGAACUCGAACGGUCGAAUUUCCCACCCGAAGAACUGAAAUCCGUCUCCCUCCGCCUAUUAUCGGGCCAAGCGGUCGAAUGGCCGUUGUUCGUGGCUUCCUGGUUGGGCUUUGGGACGAACCAGGUCAGGGAACGGUAUAUCGCCGCAAAGGUCUUGGAGUGGCAAAAGGAGAACGAGAGGUUGAGCAAGGCGAUCAAACAGAGCGGAGAGUCGGUCCCCACUUCGGUAGCGGCGACGUUGUUUCAACCGAUCGAAGAUCCUUGUCUACCUAAAGGCUUGAAAUUGCCGCCGACUUCGGCUUCCACGCCGUCGUUCCUCGGCACAGGAUCCUUUUCCCGGUGCCUCGAAUCCCUCCAACCUCUACUGGAUCGGACUGCCCCCUGUCCUCCUCCCGCUUCACACUGUCUUUUUGCCGGACUCCCCACCCCUCACAUCGAUUUCGAACGGGAAGAUCAACGCGGCUUCAUCGGGAUAAGCGAGUAUUGGUAUACCGCGCAACAGAUCUUGGGUCUCGGAGGGGUCUGGGAUUGGGCCGAGUGGGAGAGGGGGAUGGAAGGGUUCUGUCAGAGGGAUUGGGGGGAUAUCAAGGAGGGGUUUCAGAAGGAGAACGGGUUGGAGGGGACGGCGGUGGACAUCUCAAGAUUAGAGAUGCAAUGUUUCAAGGGAGCCUGGAUAUCAAACGUCCUGCACGACGGGAUCGGGAUCCCUCGAAUAACGGACGCUCAGGGAGAUCAGACGUUGACUGGCGAAAAGGGUGGAGAGCUCGUCGACGAGGCCGCACGACGGGCCAAGGAAAAGGGACUCGUCUCGAAGAAGAGCUCGCAUUUCCAGAGCGUCGAUACGAUCGGGGAGACGGCGGUCAGUUGGACGUUGGGCAAGAUGGUCAUCGAGGCGAGCAAGGCGGUGAAACCCCAUGGACACGACGUUGCGCAGCCUGUAGGGACGCAUUCGAAGUGGAGCCAAGCGUGGACCGUCGGACGCGGACGAGUGGGACAGGCGCUGGGGUUGCCCAAGUUCGAACGAAAAAUGGACGAGCUGGGGUUGGACGUCUUUUGGGUGUUUUUCACCAUCAUCUUGAUCUUUGUCGGGCUCGCUUAUGCGGUACUGAGGAGGAGGUUCUGGUUGACGAAGGCGAGUCUCCAGAAACGGCGGAAACGGUCCGACGCAGGCGAGGUCCGGGAUUGGAUGAGGAUGCGGUCACAGGCGUCGUCCUCGGCGGAAGAGGGGCUCUUGCCUGCCAGCCCUAAGACGCUUUGGUCCGGGACGUCGCGGUUGAAGCCCUACGUCCACAAGUUCUCGACCCUGGUCGCCAAAGUGACGCAUAAUAGUAGACGCGAAAAGGCUUCCAGGCCGACAUGGAAUCGGCAGGUGACAUCACCACAUCCGGGCCAUAUCGAGAUGCCCGAGCGGUCCGAAGUUUACAGCACGUCGACGAGCAUGUCACUGCCAGGAUCUCCCAAGGCGCACGAAUCGUUCUUUGUUCCCGCGCACAGCGAUUCGACACCCGCCGCCUUCAACGGGUUCGCGGACAAGCACGAAUUGACGCCCCGGCCGUCACCAUCCAAGACGGCCCUGCAAUUAAUGAGCGAUGGCAGUCGAUCCUUGAGCGCCAAGUCUUCGCCGGGUAGCUUGCGCAGUAAGCGCACUUCCCCGCUGCCCAUGACUUCGGCGAACGGAGAGGCGGCGGGGACGGGCGGAUGGAAUGAUCCACCUGGAAGCGUCUUUGGGGCGACGGACGCGACUGGCCAUUUGCUGGGUGCGAAGGGCUUGUCAUCGUUGUCGAGGAGCUCGAGUCGGAUAAAUCUGGAAGAGUAUGGUGGGAGUCUCGCGGUGAGGCCUAUUUCGAGGGGACCAGGUGGGGACGAUCCAGGAGGUCCAUAAGACUUUCGUUGUACCUGUUUGCAAGGAAAUCAAUUACACGUUAUAAUGUGCUGUGCGAUGCCAGUUUCAGAAUAUUUGUCAGUACGUCAGUACUAGUAUAGUACUAUAGUACAUCCGAGCUGACAGAACGAGAAGAGGGUAAGAGAUCUAAGAGACAGACCGAAGCCAUUUGGAUGGCAGGGGGUUCUUUGAUUUUGGAUGCUAGGGAGUACCGGGGAGAUUGUAAGAUAGAUACCAUAUCCAUGUACUAUCAGAUGUAGAUCGAGCAG